AUGACAGUUGCACAGACCUUCUUCUCCUCAAAAGAGCCAGCACAGAAUGUACACCUCCACAUCCAUGGCUGCUCUUUUUCUCUCACCCCAUCGCCAUUGGUGGCAAAGCCAGCAAGAUGUCUAUCUCUUGCUUCUCCUUUCAAGGGAAGCUUGGAAAAUUUAGCGGCAAAACCAUUCAACAUCUCUUCCCUGAAAAUUCACCCAAGUAGUAGAGAGAGAAGACCCUUUCUUAUUAUUCUUAAUCAAGCUGCUGGUUCCCCUGCAGUUGUUACCCUUACCACUGAGCGCUUCCGACUCGACAAUCUGGGCCCUCAACCUGGUUCGAGGAAGAAAGCGAAGAGAAAGGGAAGAGGUAUAUCAGCAGGUCAAGGUGCUAGUUGUGGAUUCGGUAUGAGGGGUCAGAAAUCACGAUCAGGACCUGGUGUACGGAAGGGUUUUGAGGGUGGUCAGAUGCCACUUUAUCGACGAAUCCCUAAACUCAGAGGAAUUGCGGGAGGUAUGCACGCCGGAUUACCCAAAUAUGUCCACGUGAAUUUGAGAGACAUAGAGGAUGCUGGAUUUAAGGAUGGAGAAGAGGUAUCUCUAGAGACAUUGAAGGAGAAGGGUGUGAUUAAUCCAUCUGGAAGAGAUAGGAGACUUCCUUUGAAGAUUCUGGGAGAAGGAGAACUAAGCAAGAAGCUGACCCUAAAAGCUCGAGCAUUUUCAACAUCAGCAAAGGAGAAGCUGGAGACUGUUGGCUGCUCACUCACUGUUCUUCCCGGCCGUAAGAAGUGGGUCAAGCCAUCAGUUGCUAAAAACCUUGCCCGGGCUGAAGAAUACUUCGCCAAGAAACGAGCUGCUUCUGCUGCUGCUUCUGAACCAGCUUCAGCUUGAAGUUGAACCAAAUAUUUCCUCAGACAUUUAGAACUCUUGAAUAGAGAUGCAAAAUAGUGUCUCUUUAGGAAGCACCUCUCAUCAAACUUUGCAGAGAUCUUUUUCUUUCUCAUCCUCACCUUAGCACCCCCCCCCCCCCAAAAAAAAACCACCCAAAAAAAUUUUGUACUAUUGUUUGUUUUCUGUACUAUUUACAAGCUGGUGUACAAAACUUGUUAAAUGUUUACCCUUCUUUUUUGACGGCAUUUUGCAAGUUGACCUUCAGAAAGCUGUAAUUAGUUCAGAUAUAUUACGUUGUUGUUUCUUGUUCCAGUGAAAAUUUUCCUGCCUCUUUCUAUCA